AUGUCUGUCAUUAUAGAUACCGUUAUUCUUACAUUCAAGCUGGCAGCCCCCGUGAUAUACAAAGAGAAGCUACUUGGAGUCACAUUUUUAGUUGCAGUCUUGCUUGUGUCUCAGUUUCGCCAGAUCAGAACGGCAACUUCAUUCUUGGUCCGACGUAUUCACGGCGUUUUGUAUCUCUUCUCAGGACCCGAGCUCAUCGAUCGUGCAUAUAAUCGAGCCCAAGGAAAGCCUUUCAAGGUUUCCACUCCAUCUAAUGACCAUCUUUUCAUCACGUCCACCAGUCUUAUCAAGGAGCUCAUAAAUGCGCCAUCCCAGCAUUUAUCGCUACAUGCUGUAGCUAAAGAGAGGCAGAUUCUGCAACCUAAGUACACAAUGUGUGGUUUUGAGGUGCAAGAUCAUCAUGGAAUUGAGGGAACGGGAUAUGUCCGUGCCCUUCGAAGCCUUCUUACUUCUCACCUCCCGAAAUUCCAACCCCAUCUAGAGGUUAUAGUGAAGAAUGCUCUGUUGAGUGGACUGAGAGACGUGCAACCAGACGGGUUUGCUUAUGCGAAAAUUUUCCCACUGAUGAAGACACUCGUUACCAGAGUCAACUGCUUCGUCUUCUUCGGUGAAGAACUCUCCCAAAACACAGAAUUUACCACAGCGGCCUUGGAUUUCCCUCAAGACGUGGCCUUUGCGGCUGAGUUUUUGCGUAUCACUCCGGAAUUCAUGCGGCCACUGGUAGCAUCCAUCGCCACCAAUCGACACAAAGCCGCGACAACAAUCUACCGCUAUCUGGUGCCAAUUAUAGAGCAGCGAUUUGCAGUUAAAGGACUUCGGUCCAAUGAGGCUACACCUAUGGAUUGUAUGCAGUGGUUGAUUAACAACUCGCCUCGCAAAGACCCCUGGACGCCUGCAAAAAUGGUGGGCGAAAUUAUGGCGGUUUGGUUUGGAUCAGUCCAUCAAUUGGCCAUGAUUCGAGACUGCUUUCAUGCGGAAGAUUCUCCAAGAGAUGUUGAAAGACUGCCGCUGCUUGACAGCUUCAUCAAGGAAUCGGUUCGCAACAGCAAUUUCGAUGCCAUUACGUGCCGGCGCAACGCUCUCGUCCCGUAUACCUUCCAAGAUGGCUCAUCCCUCAACAAGGGCGAUUGGGCAUGUAUCCCCCAGCGAGCUAUAAUGCAAGACAGCUCGCGGUACGGAGACCCGCAGACGUUUGACGGCUUCAGAUUCGCGCAUGACAACGCCCAACACCAGCAGCAUAAGCAGUCUACGGAGAUACCUAGACAGAAAGAGUCCAAAUUUACCGAUGCCACUCUUGAUUGGCCAAUUUGGGGACUUGGCAAUGCGGCUUGUCCCGGCCGAUUCUAUGCCUCGCUAGUGACCAAGCUCAUCUUGAUCCGCAUCUUGGAAGACUGGGAGUGCAAGAUACUUGAGCCUGAAGCACCAAGAUCCAUGUCCUGGAGGUCGAGCAUCGUGCCUCGGAGCAGCACCAUCAUCACGUUUCGCAAAAAGCAUCCUUAG